AUGAGCACUCCACCUGCGAUUGUAUUUACCGACUGGGAUGGUACUGUUACGUUGCAGGAUUCAAAUGACUACCUCACAGAGAAUCUCGGCUUUGGAAGGAAAAGAAGAUUGGAGGUAAACGAUGAUAUCUUAGAUGGCAAAAUGACCUUCAGAGAGGGCUUUGUUGAAAUGCUAGAUUCAAUUAAUACUCCAUUCCCCGAAUGUAUUGAUUUCUUAUUGAAGAAUAUCAAGCUAGACCCUGGCUUCAAGGAAUUUUAUCAUUGGUGUGAGAAGAAGAACAUACCUGUCGUUGUUGUCAGCUCAGGAAUGAAGCCAAUAAUAUUCGCUUUAUUGAGCAAGCUUGUUGGUGAUGAAGCCGUAUCAAAUAUUGAGAUUAUCAGCAAUAGUGUUGAAGUCGACGAGGCCACAGGGAAAUGGAAGAUAGUCUAUAAACACCCAGAAUCUGGCUUCGGUCACGAUAAAUCUAAGUCUAUUAAAGAUUACCUCGUCAGAAAUGGGUAUGAUGUUACAACUGCGCCGUUAUUGUUUUACUGUGGUGAUGGCGUCUCUGAUUUGUCGGCUGCAAAGGAGACUAAUUUGUUAUUUGCAAAGCACGGGAAGGAUUUGAUAAAGUAUUGUAAUAGGGAGAAUAUACCUUACACUGAGUUUGAGAGCUUUAUCGAUAUUCUGAACAAAACUCAACAAAUCGUUAGCGGUAACAAAGAAAUAAGUGAUUUUGUUGAAAACGAUAACACUACUGCUUAA